AUGGGACGCUCCAUUGAGGAUGAUGGCGCCAAACAAGGCGUCCAGCACGUGGAACGAGAUGAUGCUGUCACCGACAUCAUCAAGUCGGCGGAUCACUGCGACUUGGAGCGAGUCGAAGAGACUCAACCUGGCACCUUUGUCUGGCUCUGUGUUGCGGCAACCGCCAUCGGUGGAAUGCUAUUCGGUUACGACACCGGAGUCAUCUCCGGAGUUCUUGUAGUCAUUGGCACAGACCUAGAAGGAAAGGAGUUGACUCACUCAGAGAAGGAGUUGAUCACAGCUCUGACCGCGGCCGGAGCCCUCAUUGGUGCUGUUAUUGCAGGUAUCACAGCCGACAAAUACGGAAGAAAACCAGCCAUCUGGUUUGCGUCCGUUCUUUUCACCCUUGGAGCUCUGAUCCAGGCAACAUCCUACACUGUUGCGCAAAUGGCGGCUGGACGUCUUAUCAUCGGCUUUGGCGUUGGGUCCGCUUCUAUGAUCGUACCGUUGUACAUUGCAGAAAUUUCUCCAGCCCGGUUCCGAGGUCGUAUGAUCUCAGUCGAUAUGAUAUUUCUCGGCGCCGGCUCGGUCCUUGCCUAUGCCUUUGCCGCAGCGUUCUACACCACACCCCACGGUUGGAGAUAUAUGGUCGGCAUUGGAGGCAUCCCUUCAAUCAUCCUUGGAGUUCUCCUGUUUUGGUGCCCCGAGUCCCCUCGGCAGCUUAUGUUUCACGACCGCCGGGAAGAAUGCAUUCGCGUACUGAAGCAAAUCUAUCCUCAUGGCAGAGAGGACGAAAUUGCCGACAAAGUUGUGUCUAUCGAGCGCGGUGUAAACCAGUCGAAGGCACUAAACGAAGAGAUCUCCCUCCGGAAGUCCGUUACAAGUCUCUGGACCGUCCGAGCCAACUUGCGAGCCGUCAUUGCUGCCUGUGGUCUUAUGGCAUUCCAGCAGCUUUGUGGAUUCAACACGCUAAUGUACUACUCGAGCACUCUAUUUGAUAUUGUGGGAUUCUCGAACCCCAUCGCUGUGGGAACAGUUGUGGCCGGGACAAACUUCAUCUUUACAGUAUUGUCAAUCUUCCUCAUCGACCGGGUCGGGCGCCGAAGACUUCUGCUUUGGACCAUGUGGGGCAUGCCGGUGUGCCUCGCCAUAGCAGCCAUUGCUUUCCACUGGAUCCCUCUAGACAACGACACUCUCAAGCUGACUUCUCAAGAGGUGGGCUGGCCAGCCAUAUUGGUGUUGGUAGCCAUGAUCAUGUUCGUUGCCUUCUACGCCGCCGGGCUGGGAUGUGUGCCCUGGCAAGCCAACGAGUUCUUGCCUAUGGAAGUUCGGGCGAUGGGAACCAUGAUGAUUAAUAUCUUCAACUGGGGACCUAACAUCAUCGUGUCUUCCACAUUCUUAUCAAUGAUGCGGGGCAUGACUCCAUCUGGCACCUUUGGGUUUUAUGCCGGCUUGUCAUUUAUGGGCUGGGUAUUUGUUAUCUUCUGUUAUCCCGAGGCAGCAAACAUGACAUUGGAAGAAAUUAGGGUAGUAUUUGAGCAUGGCUUUGGCGUAAGGUACGCUGAAGAGUGGCGAAAGCAGAGGAGACUUGCUAUCCAAUCCUGCAAAGAAAACAAUAAAGUCUAG